AUGGCGGCAGUCGUACGAAUCAAAUCUUCAAUUUUUGUUCCCUUUCGAUGCCCUCCCAUUGGUCAUGCUUCUAUGAAUAUUACAGAGUUGGUCGAUAAGCUCUCACUCGAUACCAUGAAGAUUACUCCGUCACCCUCUCUGGUGAAGCAGAGCAUUAAACGUCACCAUCAAACUGAGGCUCCUGAACGUAAUUUUGAGCGUGCUCUGUUAUCCACUAUCAGGAAUAGAGAUUACAGGGAAACGAGUUUGACCGAUAUUCAUUCUGGGCGGGAAUAUAAAGAUCUUAUGUUGGAGGGUCUAGAAUAUGAUGUGGUCAUUGGCAUAAGCAAGAGCGGUUUUUUUGAAAUUUUUAAUUCUCAGCUGACCCGCGGUGAUGACUCAAUAGGGAAGUGCAGUUCUGCUGUGAAGGGGAGGUUAAGUUCGUCUCCUGAAAGAGCAAACGAAUGCAUUCUUGGAUGGUUCAGGGAGGCCAGAAUCUACUUUCUUUCUAUCUCAAGUUCAAGACCGAGAUGGAAUCCAAGGUUCUUCGUGGCGGUUCACGUGUGCGGGUAUCACUCACCUUCGAACGAAAAAGCCCUAACGUCUGCCAUAAAACGCGCUCGCCUCGCUGCCGCCUCUGUUCUUGGGCAGGGUUCUGGUAGAUGUAUUGACGCUGUGACACGGCCAUUCAAGUGUUUGGAGGAUGAUCCGAGUACAAAUGCAGGGCGAGGCUCCAAUUUGACGGAAGAUGGUCACGUGGAAUGUGAUGCUAGUGUCAUGGAUGGUGAUUCUGGAGUAUUUGGGGCCGUUGGAGCAGUGCCAGGUGUCAGAAAUGCCAUCCAGAUUGCUGCUACCUUGGCCAAGGAACAAAUGAUGGGAUCUUCCUUGUUGGGUCGAAUACCUCCCAUGUUCUUGGUUGGAGAAGGUGCCCGAGUAUGGGCAAAGUCCAAAGGCAUUGCUUUACCAGCUACCACAACUGAGGCAGAUCAGUGGCUGGUGACAGAGCGGGCAAAAGCACAGUGGAAAAAGUAUAAAUCAUUGCUUGUGGAUGCCAAAUUUAAGACAGAGAAUUCAACUGAAGGACUUUCUUGUGGAGCAAGGGAGGCAGUUAACACUUCAGAAGUACAAGCUCAACCUUGCGAACCUUUGAAGGAGAAGGGGGGAGGUCAAUUAUCUGUAAAACAUGCAAUGGAAGAAGAUAGCAUCCUGGACACUGUUGGAGUCAUUUGUGUUGACACUGAAGGACACAUAGCAUCUGGGGCCUCAAGUGGUGGUAUUGCGCUGAAGGUUAGUGGGCGUGUGGGAUUGGCAGCAAUGUAUGGUUCAGGCUGUUGGGCUUCAUCUAAAGGCCCCUUUGGAGCUCCAUUCAUAGUUGGUUGUUGUGUUACUGGUGGGGGAGAAUACUUGAUGAAAGGAUUUGCAGCUCGAGAGUGCUGUGUCUCGUCAUCACUUUCUCAGGUUGGUCCUGCAUCUGCUUGCAUGAAAGUUUUACGCCCUAUUGUUGAAGAUAGCAGUCAAAACGGUACUGAUAAGAGUGCAGGGAUUUUGCUCGUGCAAGCUGAUGCUCCUGUGAUGGUUUCAGGAAAUCCACCAAAGCUGAACUCAAUAGAGAUAGCGGCUGCUUAUUCUUCCUUGUCUUUUGGAUUGGGAUAUUUUGGAAGCUCUAUGGAAAGGCCCAAGGUCUCAGUUCUUCGGAGCACGAGACAGCAAAGUAAAACUGGGAUAGACCAUUUUGAAGCGCGAAUUGAUCUCUCUGAAAAGACAUUGAUGUAAAUGUAAUUUUGUUUGAAUUGAAGAAAUUCUGAAUUUGAAACUGUAUAUCUUAUUGCAUGUUAUAGAUACUCUGGCAACCGUCAACUACUUCCCACAUGUACUAUGUUUAUCCGAAUUAAGCUUUUAUGAAGUUAA